AUGGGUUGAGUGUUUUCCCUGGGAAUAGCUCAAUUCUGUAUUUAAAUAAAAAAUAAUAAAAACGCAGUGUUUUCAAUUCAGGCGUUUCAGUAUAUCGCAGAAGAAAGAAGAAGAAAUAAAUAAAACGCAAUAAAAUGUUUGCUUUCUCGAAAUCGCUUAUAUUUGCAGUUACUUUAUCGGCGGUUUAUUUAUCGGCCGCCCGUGCAGCCGAUGAUGAUGACAUGGACUAUGGAAAUUAUCGUCCCUCACCAAAAUUGUCAGGACCGGUUAAUCUUUCACACAGCCCAGAUGAUGUUACCCUCAACAAAUUGGACGAGUGCUUGGCCAAAAUUUCCAACAUUUAUAUGCAAGCCUUGUUUUCGGGCACCCAUUCGCCGCAACUGGAUGUGAAUAUGCGGAAAUUGGAAAUUGAGCUAUUCGACCUAUUGGAUUUGUUGUAUAAGGAACAACGCAUCAAGGAUUACAUGAAAUAUGAAGCUGAAGUUACCCGCCAAAUGAUUAUCUAUAAUAUGCUAAAGAAAUUGUUCGGUUAUGCUGAAGAUGAGAAGACCACCUAAAAAUGUCUCAAGGGUUUGGAGAGUAAAGGUGUAAGUACAAAAGAAGCUUGAAGUCAUGGCUGGGUAUAUUUUGUGACAUUUCAUAAAGAGAUUACAGAGUCGCACUAAAAUCCUGCCGUCUUAUAUGAAAGAUUAUUUAUGUAAAAUAUGCCACUCGUCAUACGUAAACAUUUUAGAUAUGCAAAUAAUUUUUAGUUGAUGGAUGACAAAUUGAGUUCCUUGGAAAAGGGUUGCCAUAUUCGAUCUAGAAAAUGAGACUGUCUCUAUUGUUUUGCCAUUUCCAUUAUAAUAUGACAUUAAUAUGCCUAGCCAUGACUUUAAGCUUUUUACGUACUUGCAUCUUAAGCGAUAAGGCUACAAACUAACUGUGAUCCGAAAAAGUUCCUAUAGUAUUAUGGUGCGUGGGCGGGAGAAGGAGGGUAUAUUCUAGUUCUUAACAUUCUUAAUAUAA